AUGAAAAGUAACUUGACACAACACAACUUGUUUGUGCAGGUCACCAUCAGCGGACUCAUGGAAACAAAGAACCAGUCAGCCAUCAAGGAAUUGAUACUGGUUGGUCUGACCAGUGUCGUAGGAUUACAGAAAAUUCUCUUUGGAGUAUUUACAUGUAUCUAUGCAACAGCCAUAGUUGCUAACUUCCUCCUCAUCUUUACCAUUUGCAACUGCAAGAAACUUCACACUCCCAUGUACUUCCUGCUCAUCAAUUUGUCUUUUGUGAAUGUGUUAUCUAUCUCAGUUACAACUCCCAAAAUGCUCCAGACUCUUUUGGCCCAGAAAAAGACCAUCUCACUUUACGGCUGUGUCACACAGAUGUUUUUCUUCAUAUGGACAUUGGCAACAGAAGUUCUACUGCUCUCAUUCAUGGCCUUUGACCAAUAUGCUGCUAUCUGCCACCCUUUGCAGUACACAAUCAUCAUGAGGAAGGAAGUGUGUAUUGGGGUAGCAGCUGCCAUAUGGGCUGUGGGAAUGCUCAGUUCUGGAAUUCAUGCACAACUAGUUUUUGGGCUGUCCUUCUGUAGUUCCGUCAUCAACCAUUUCUACUGUGAUUAUCCCCCACUUUUAAAGCUUUCCUGCUCAGACACCAGCCUGAAUGAAACUUUGAUUUUUGUGGCAGCUGUGGUCUAUGGCAUCAGUACCUGUGCAUUGACUCUUACAUCGUAUUGCUUUAUCCUGAGAGCUAUUUUUAGAAUUCAUUCCACUGAAGGGAAAAAGAAAGCAUUCUCAACAUGUUCCUCACAUCUCCUUGUAGUCAGUUUUUACUUUUCCUCAGUCAUUUACACAUACACCAGGCCCGGCUCUGUCUACGCUCAAGACAAAAUUGUUGCUCUGCUUUAUUCGGUCUUUCCCUCAGUUGUCAAUCCAAUCAUAUAUUCUCUGAGAAACAAAGAGUUUAAGGAGGCACUCAUGAUACUUAAAGGAAGAGGUAGGCUGCUCCCAGGGCCACAGCUAUAA